AUGUCAGUUGGGAAUAGAUACUUCUGUAAAGAAUCUGAAAAAGCAAUUGGAUCUUUGAUUAAGAAACAUCAGAUGAUUACUAAAACAGAUACUAUUAUUAGAGUUUGUGAUGAAUCAUUAUUAGCACGUGAUGAAUAUCAACAACUUGCUACAGUUAAAAUAUCUCUUACAUGUGAAUAUCUAAUAGCUAAUCAUAGAAUUGAAAUCACUAAUCUUAUUAAUGAAGAUAUAAAAAUUGGAACAUUUAAUAUUGAUAAAAAUGAAAAUUUAUCUAAUAAUUUAGAAGAAUUUGAUAAUGAUAUAAUAGUUAAUAAAAAAGAAAUUGGAAAUGAUGCAUAUAAAUCAAUUUAUACAAUGUUACAGACUUUAAUUCCAAUUUGA